AUGAAGAUUCUAACAAGGGUUCAAGUUCUAAAGUUUCGGUUUUUCUUUAAAUGCGGUAAAAUUGACCCUUUAUCCAAGAGGUUCUCAUCAUCGUCUUCAAAUGGGUCUCAUUUUUCUACUUCUGAAACGUAUGACAAAGUUAAUCCCUUUAUGGGUGAUAGCUACAAAGACAAUGCAAUAAAAGUUGAAGGUAUGAGAAAGACAAUGUAUGAUGUAUGUGGGGUUUUGGAUGCUGGUCCAUGGGGGCCUGCUGUUGAGGAUGCACUCAACUCGUUCGAUGAAAUGUCUCAACCGGAAGUGAUUGUUGGAGUGAUGAGGAGGGUGAAGGAUAUGAAUGUUGCUUUUCAUUAUUUUAGGUGGGUGGAGCGAAAAACUGAACAACCGCAUUGCCCGGAAGUUUACAAUGCACUUCUCAUGGUUAUGGCUAGGACUAGAAACGUUGACUAUUUGGAACAAAUACUUGAAGAAAUGAGUGUGGCUGGAUUUGGACUCUCCAAUCAUAUUUGUAUAGAACUGGUUGCUAGUUUUGUCAAAUCGCAGAAGCUAAGAGAAGCUUUUGGUGUUAUUGAAAUAAUGAGGAAGUUCAAGUUUCGUCCUGCAUUUUCGGCUUACACGACGCUGAUUGGUGCCUUGUCUGAGGCAAACAAACCUGAUCCCAUGCUCACUCUAUUUCACCAAAUGCAGGAGAUAGGUUAUGAAGCAAAUGUACAUCUUUUUACCACGCUUCUUCGUGUGUUUGCUAGGGAGGGUCGCAUAGAUGCGGCUCUGUCCUUGCUGGAUGAGAUGAAGAGCAACUCGUUUACUGCUGACCUUGUCUUCUAUAAUAUAUGUAUAGACUGUUUUGGUAAAGUUGGUAAGGUGGAUAUGGCAUGGAAAUUCUUUCACGAGAUGAAGGCACAAGGGUUGGCUCCUGACGAUGUCACAUAUACUAGCUUGAUCGGAGUUCUUUGCAAGGCUGGGAGAUUGGAUGAGGCUGUUGAGUUGUUUGAAGAACUGGAUCUCAACAGGAGUGUCCCUUGUGUCUAUGCUUAUAAUACCAUGAUUAUGGGUUAUGGUUCAGCCGGGAAAUUUAAUGAAGCAUAUAGUUUGCUCGAGAGACAAAAGAGAAAGGGAUGUAUACCUAGUGUCAUUGCAUACAAUUGUAUACUAACCUGCUUAGGAAGAAAAGGUAAAGUAGAGGAAGCAUUGAGGAUCCACCAAGAAAUGAGACAAGAUGCCGCACCUAAUCUUACAACCUACAAUAUUUUAAUUGACAUGCUUUGUAAAGCAGGAGAACUCGAAGCUGCUCUGAAAGUUCAGGAUACCAUGAAAGAAGCCGGCUUAUUCCCAAAUAUUAUGACUGUAAAUAUAAUGAUUGAUCGACUAUCUAAAGCUCAAAAACUGGAUGAAGCUUGCUCCAUAUUUUUAGGAUUGGAUCAUAAAGUAUGCGCUCCCAACUCGAGAACAUUUUGUUCACUUAUUGAUGGCUUGGGUAGAUGUGGCAGGGUAGACGAUGCUUAUAGUCUUUAUGAAAAAAUGUUAGAUUCUGGUCAAAUUCCAAAUGUAGUAGUGUAUUCAUCUCUUAUUAAGAACUUUUUUAAGUGUGGUAGGAAGGAGGAUGGUCACAAAAUUUACAAAGAGAUGGUUCAGAGGGGCUGUUCUCCUGAUCUGAUGCUUCUUAAUUCUUACAUGGAUUGUGUUUUCAAAGCUGGUGAAGUUGAGAAAGGUAGGGCUUUAUUUGAAGAAAUAAAGGCUCAGGGUUUAGUUCCUGACGUCCGGAGCUACUCAAUUUUAAUUCAUGGUCUCGUGAAAGCAGGUUUUUCAAGAGAAACAUAUAAGUUGUUCUACGAGAUGAAGGAACAAGGACUGCAUUUGGAUGUCCUUGCUUACAACACUGUAAUUGAUGGGUUUUGCAAGUCCGGUAAAGUCGAUAAAGCAUACCAACUGCUGGAGGAAAUGAAGACAAAGGGUCUACAACCCACUGUUGUAACUUAUGGUUCUGUCGUUGAUGGACUAGCUAAAAUUGACAGGCUUGAUGAAGCAUAUAUGUUAUUUGAAGAAGCAAAAUCAAUAGGUGUGGAUUUAAAUGUAGUUAUCUACAGUAGUCUUAUUGAUGGUUUUGGCAAAGUGGGAAGGAUUGAUGAAGCAUACUUAAUUUUGGAGGAGUUGAUGCAGAAAGGUCUGACUCCAAACACAUACACUUGGAAUUGCUUACUCGAUGCAUUGGUGAAAGCUGAGGAAAUUGAUGAAGCUCAAGUCUGCUUUCAGAACAUGAAAACCUUAAAAUGUCCUCCAAAUGAAAUGACUUACAGCAUUAUGAUAAAUGGUCUUUGUAUGAUUGGAAAAUUUAAUAAGGCUUUUGUUUUUUGGCAAGAAAUGCAGAAAAAAGGGUUAAAACCCAAUACUAUCACAUACACCACAAUGAUUGUGGGACUUGCAAAGGCUGGAAAUGUUAUGGAGGCAAGAGGCCUAUUUGAUAGAUUUAAGGCAAGUGGGGGCAUACCCGAUUCUGCUUGCUAUAAUGCCAUGAUGGAAGGACUAAGCAGUGCCAAUAAAGCAAUGGAUGCAUAUACAGUUUUUGAGGAAACUCGAAUGAAAGGUUGCCGUGUAAAUAGUAAAACAUGUGUUGUUCUUUUAGAUGCGUUGCAUAAGGCUGACUGCCUUGAGCAGGCAGCAAUUGUUGGUGCUGUCUUAAGGGAAAUGGCAAAGUCUCAACAUGCUACAAGGUUACCCUGA